GUGCAAAGAGCCAUCGGAGACGAGAGACGCGAGGCUUUAUAAAUCGCGAGGAUGCACGUCGAAGCAGUGACACCUCGGCCGACGACGGUGAAAAACGCGCGGCCGCGAUCGACCAGGAGUAGCAAACGCAUUUUUCACACUUGAGGGGCAUCGUGAGUAUCUCAUCCGCGGAGAACGCGAUUAAAAAAAAACAAAAACGUGGCGCAUAAGUUUCCAACAAAUGACAUCGUAAAGUUUUCCCCACUGAUGAUCAACGAUCGCUCGCCUCAUAUUUUUCUCGCGAAAAGAUGAUAAGAGAUUCCUCCUCCCUUCUUCGAGGGAGGGAUUGAAAUCUCGACUCGAGGGGUUAGUUUGAUUGCGAUUAAUUUCUAAGUUUCCUCUUUGUUUUUCUCUUGUUGUACGUUUCAUCAACCUCCGAUCCGCGGCGCGGCGUUUCAAAUCAAAGUAUUUGAAAUAGCGUACCUCACACAAGGUUUCUGAAACAUCAAGAUAUCGACACCUCAGCGAACACACAUUUCGCGCGCCAUAUUGCCGCACUUUAACCGUGUGAGGUCGAUCGUUCACGUCGGAACUAUUCAAUCGGUUAACUUCCCCGGAAACAGAUCGACCGGAACUCGCCGCCCCGAGGAAGAUUGCGAGAUUCUUCGACGCGACUGGUUCGACGGACUUCCAGCUGCAGUAACAUCGAUCGUUGCAAAUUGGAUUGCCGUUAACACCGAGCGGCGGGGACCAUCUUGGGGUCGAGCAGACUUGGGUGUUCAGUAUCACUAGUAUCAGCGCAAAAUUUCCAGAGAGAGAGAGAGAGUGAAUUUCGGAGUUCGGGGCAUCGCGCGGCUUAAUUCGCCACGGGAGAAGCGCACGUCUAGCACCUGGGAUGUGCGGUAAACGAGCGUGACUGAGAGAAAGAAGAGUACGGCGAACUACACGUUGCGUGUUCACGGAUGAGACUUGUUAGCAGCGAGCUUCGAGCGAGAGUCAGUUAGCGGUGAUUUUGACGAGCAGGAGGAUGCAACCACGGGUGACAGUGGCUCUGGCCACGGUCUGGCUGACGGUGGCGGUUCUGGUAGGAGGAGCAGUCACCCUCCGCCUCUCUCACGAUCAAUACUCCCCCGCGUCUCCGCGCCGACACGCCGGGGUUCAACAGGACCAUGCUAGAGACUGGCGGGAUCGCGAUCCGGCCGAGGAUCAACCGUUCGACCUUUGGAUCGGCUCGCGAAGGCCGAUCUUCACGGAGGGCUGGCAGAGGCGGUUGUCGAAUAUCGCCGGCGCGGAAUUCGCGACCGACAAAGUCGAUUACGGCUAUGAGAUGCCGGAAACGCUUUCGUCCGAAACGGUGGUAUCCCCUUCAGACCUUUUGGACGACCCCUUUGUGGCAGACGACACGUUUCAGGAUCAAGGCCCAGGGUCGAUGGAAAUAUACAAGCUAGACCUAUCCAAAGAGAAGACUCUACUGACCGCAACCACGCCCUCCACAAAUUUACUUUCGAGAAAUAAGAGCAAAGCUCCGAAAAAGACGGGCCAUCUCAAUUCAAAGACAAAGACAACGGAAGUCAAGUCGACAACGACAAGUGAGAACAUUAAUCACAGGCAAUCAAACUUUUUUGAAGAACAACGAACCGAGACUUCUUUGGUCAAUAGAGACGCCUUCGGCGUCGGCGGUGUGCCAGAGCUACAGGUUGGAUGCGAAGGUCUCGAAGCAUCGUCGUCGUCCCACAAGGCGAAAAGAUCGAUAGAUACGCCCGACGAGGAGAAGGGCGAGAUGCCGGCGUCCGUGUUGCUGGACGUAAUGCCGGUAUCCCUGGAUCUCGACGACGACGCUCUAUCUUAUGACGAAGAAGAGUACGAAGAGAUGGACGAGCUGUUUAAACUCAAGAAAUUGGAGACUACUACAAAAAAUAACAAGCCGAAUAGGGGAGAUAUGGAUGCCAGCUAUCUUAAUUCCGACCAUCUGGACGAAUUUAGGCAACCGGAGAAGUUACCAGUACGAGGAGAUUUGGGUAAAUACACCUCAAUGAAUUCGAGCGGAUCCAUAACUGACCAGAAGGAAUUGGUCAAGAGAUCUCUCACAGAUCUCGAAAUCGAGAGCUAUGAGAAGAUCAAACCGAAGCGAGAAGCUGUUUCAUUGGACGAUGAUGAUGGCGCCGGUAGGAGUCACGGUCGACGGUUGCUGUGGUUUGCCGAAGCAAAUGCCGAGAGAUUUGCGGACGGUAAAAGCGAACGGAAGCGCACGGGACGUUCUAUCGAUUGGGGCUACGGCGAGGAUGAAGGUGUCGUGUCCAGUGACGAGUUGCAGACCGUGAAUGAACGUCGUAGGCAGCAUGACAUGCGAUACCAUCAAGACAUGUCUAAGAGACAUGACCAGCAUCAUGGAUUAAAUACUAACGCUGAUAGUAUUAGACGGGAGUACGAGAAACUACUUGAACAAAAACGAAGAGAUGAGGAAGAGCAUUUGCGACAAAUGCAACAGGCUAAUCAAAGAACGUUGAGUAGAUGGGAGGAAGAAGAGAAGAGGAGAAGAGACGAGAUGCGGAGGAGACACUACGAAGAUUACCGUAAGAGGAUGAAUCACACUUCAACACCUCGCAUAGACAACGAAGAAGAGAUGGAAGAACGACAGAGGCUGGAAACAGCGUAUGAUCGAACACAAGAGAUCGCUAGAAAAAACGAGGAAGAGUUAAGAAGAAGACAAGAGGAAGAAGAACGAAGACGACGAUUGCAGGAAGAAGAAAUGAGAAGAAGACCACAGAACAAGUGGCAGGAGGAGGAAAACUGGAGAAAAUCAGGCUCUAGAACCUCUUCUGUUAGUGAUGAAGAAAGAAGACGAAGACUUCACGAAGAAGAAAUGAAGAGACGGGAGGAAGAACAUCGAAGACGAUUAGAAGAAGAACAAAGACGACAAUUGCAAGAAGAAGAAAUGAGAAGAAGACCACAGAACAAGUGGCAGGAGGAGGAAAACUGGAGAAAAUCAGGCUCUAGAACCUCUUCUGUUAAUGAUGAAGAAAGAAGACGAAAACUUCACGAAGAAGAAAUGAAGAGACGGGAGGAAGAACAUCGAAGACGAUUAGAAGAAGAACAAAGACGACAAUUGCAAGAAGAAGAAAUGAGAAGAAGACCGCAAAGCAAGUGGCAGGAGGAGGAAAACUUGAGAAAAUCGGGCUCUAGAACCUCAUCUGUUAGUGAUGAAGAAAGAAGACGAAGACUUUAUGAUCAAGAAAUGAAGAGACGGGAGGAAGAACAUCGAAGACGAUUAGAAGAAGAAGAAGAAGCAAGAAGGCAGGAACAGUACAGAUCGCAGCAAGAAGCGCAAAGAAAAAAGGAAGAAGAGGAGAGGAGACGCCAAGAAAAUUCAAUGAGAAAUCUUUCCGAAUAUGAUAGAAGAAGGCUGGAAGACCGGCGUAGAGAAUGGUCAGAGAGGAGAAAGCAAGAGAAUGAAGAUGAGAGAAGGCAACAGCAGCCGCCAUCGAAUUUAAUGCGUGCGGAACAUCCAGUCAGUCAUUCGAAUGAUAUCAGACAGCGUGAUCAAGACGAGAGAAGACGAGAGCAAGAAGAAAGAGUGCUGGAUCAAAAACUGCGAGAAUAUGUCGCACGGAAUCAGCCUAUCAAUGUCAAUCGAAUCAAUGCCAAUCGAAGACCGGAAGAAGAGAGACGGCGCUAUAGACCCGAAGAAAACAGAGAUCCGCGGAUAAAUGUAAGUAGAGACGACGAGGAGUACCGUCGACGAGUGGAGGAGCAGCGUAAAAGACAGGAGGAAGAGAGAAGACAACAGGAUUACAUCAGGAGGUACCAGUCAGUGAAUAUGCCAUCGAGAGAUAAUCAAUCGACCGCGGCCGGUCGUAACUGGUUCGAGGAGCGGAGAUUGAUCGAGGAAGCCAGGCGUCGCGACAGAUAUCCUGAUCCAGGAGUGAGGAGAGACCAUGGACCGUCGGCGCCUACGUAUAUCGAUCCGCGAAGCUCCCCGGAGGAAGUCAGACGGAGGCAGCAAGAGACGGCGAGGAGGUUGGAAGAGGAAAGGCGGCAGAGGUAUGAGGCGGAAGAGCAACGGAAGGAACUCGCCAGGCGACAGUGGGAGGAAGAGAAAGAGAGACGAUUGCGGGUGGAACGGAUGCGAAAGGAGGCGGCUAGGCGAGAAGAGGAGGCGAGGAGAGCGCAAUCUAGAAAGUACGAGGAGGAUAGGAAGCGAUUGGAGGUAGCGAGGAUAGAAGCCGAGAGAAGGAGGCAGGAGAUGCUGAAGGAACGAUCCAGGAACGAAGCUGGAAGGACGAAACAGCCGGAAGCCACGAGGCAGAUCUACCACCAGGAUCCUAGUCUUUUGGAGCACCGAAGACGGCAGGAUAGCCGGCUGAUUCCGAACAAUUUGAUGCGAGCCGAGGAAGCCAGGCGGGCGGCGGCAGAACGUGAGAGGCAAAGAUUGGACGCCGAGAGACGACAACAGGAAGAGAGCAGAAUGAGGGAGCACAGACAGAAGGAGACCGAUCAGUGGAGUCGACAAGAACUAGCCAGACUAAACUCCCUACCGGUGAACGCAAGGAUAAUAGUCCGUCCUGGCGGCUCCUGGCCGACGACGUCGCCCGACUCGCCUGUGAUAUCGGGCCGCUUCGGCAACGAGAUCGAUUUCACGGGGAUCAAUCCGCAUCGCGAGGGCGUACAAGUGCCACAGUUUCCCGUCCCUGCGACGUCGAGACCACCCGUCCAGACUCCUAGCCCGUGUGUUUGGGCAGUUAUUCACUGUUGUUCAUCCAAUAACAAUCGUCUCGUGAAAUGUUUCGAAUCGUUAGGCUGUCCCGGGAUUAAUUGGGAUCCUAAUCCAUGCAGAGGGGCUAUCGCGGAUGCCGCCAGAGCGGAAGUCCUGAAGUUUUAUCAAGCCAACAACGCGCAUAAUUAAUAAUAUUGAUAAGAUCAAAUUCAGUCUUCACGCUUCGAAAAACGAAUAUCUACCGGAUAGAGAGGAAAGUGAAAAAAAAACUCUUUAAUAUCAAGAGAUGUCUCUUUCUCUCUCUCUUUCUCUCUUUCUGUCACGAAAGUUUCUGUACUUUAAAUCAAUUUGUGCAUGUGUGACUUCUACUGACUCUGUACAAAUAUUUGUGUCGCUGGAUAGAAGGGCUCAGUAAGUAGACUUAGAUAUUUGCAGAAUGAAAGAUCUUGAUAUUUUUGCUCUGUGAUGUCAAUAAGUUUUAAUAAUUCAAAUAUUUAAUAAACCGAAAUUAAACAAGAAAUUAUCAUAUGAAUAAAUAUUUCAGUCAUAUAAAAAAUUUCAGUAUUUUUACGAUAAAAAAAUAAAAGAAUAUUGAGUUUAAUGUUAAAUCUAUAUUAAAAAUAUUAAUAAUAUUUAAAAUAAAUUUUUAAAUACAUAUUUCUGUAUUUGACAUAAAAUAUAAAUGUGCUAAAAAAUAUUAAUCAAAGAAAAAAAUAUGACAGAAAAAUAUAGAAAAAUACGAAAAUGUCAUAAAUUCCAAAUCUUUUAAUGCAUUAUUUUUUUAUUACACUCAGCGGCACAAUUAUUUGUGAUUUUCGAAUAUCUAUAAAAUUCUAUCCUUUCUAGAAAAAAAUUAAUACUACAUAAGGUUAUAUAUUUCGAAGAAAGGCAAUUCUUUUGAGCGAAAGUAAUUAACAAGCCAAAUAUAUAAAACUUUACCUUGAGCUAUUUUUGAUGCGCUGUUAUGUUACAUGAUAAAGAUUAUAUGUUAUUUUAUUAUUGCAAACUAAAACAAUAUUUUUCUAUCCGCUUACUUCAAUGAUAGUACGUAUUAAAUAGACUUAUAUAGUGCGACUAGUAAUUAGUGCUAAACUAAGAAACGUUUAAAAGUUUGAACUUUUAAAGUGUAGCAAACAGUAUUUGCCUUGAACAAAGUCAGAUCAAUAAAACGUGUUUCGUAGAAUAAUAAUCAAUUAGUCUUUAAUAUCGACCGGUAGCCAACAUCGUAGCACUGCCUCGCGUAGCGCGUGUAAAAUUACGUAUGUACAGCUCUGUAAAGAAAAAAAAAAAAAAAAAUAUGUACGAAAAACCUAUGACACGUUUCGUCGUCAAUGUUUGUAUGUGCAAACACAGCGUGCGAAAACUAUUGUAUAUGUAAAUCUUUUGUACGUAGCCGAGACAAGUUGUAUUUUUGCAGCUUUUUCACAUGUGAUAUAGGAGGGUAGGCUUUAAUGCGUUAUAACCAGACAAAUAUUUAUGUAACGUACGCAAAAAAGAAAGCAAUAAAGUUAUCUAUCUGUACUAUAACCCAAA